UCCCUCCCUCCUCUCUUUACUUUCUCAUCACUACUCUAUCCCAACUCUACUAUCUCCUUGAUAUCCAAACCAUUCCAAACCCAUUGCUAUACCGCACCGACCACCAAUCAAUCAGACUAAGCCAAUCUACUCCGUGCCUUUGCUCGCCUAUCUCGAACCACCCAAUCAGCCGCGUCUCCUGUUCACGCUCAUACCAACCAUGACGUGACUUUGGCUGGCAUCCCCUUUGUCUGAGCCCUCAAAGCCAUCUCAACUUCAAAGUGUCUAUUGAUCCUACUAUUAUACCUAUCGAAAACUGCCUACAACCGCACCUUGCAAAUUGCUGUUCCGUACAUUGCCACAAUCAAUCGACGCUUCCCGCCAUGUCCGGCCAAAACACACCACCCUCCCCUGCCCCCCAACACCGCCGACGAUCCUCCUUCAUUGACAUGUUCAACCCUCGUUCAGCCCAGUCGACCGCGACUACUGGACUCUCAUCCUCACCUCCCUCUACAAAUACCUCGUCGAACCCCAACAAUACUCAACACCGGAGAGGCACUUCCAUCACCGGACUGGGUCUCACCACCAACCCCUCCGGCCAGACUCCCUUCUCAGCCUUCCAACGCCGAGCAAGCAUUGCAACCUCGUCAGCUUCGAGCUCCCCAGACUUCAAGAAUAGCUUUGGUGACGAACCCGCGGUUAUUGAAGAGGAUGAUACAUCGACGCAGGCCAUAGGACAGCCUCCAUCUCCAUCCUUUGCGAGAAGAGUCAGCUUUGGAGCACAAGCAUUGAGAGACGUGAGAAUGGGCUCAAGCCCUGGUUCUGCUACUGGCGGUGGUAGGCGCCCCUCGUCUUCCCUUUUCACGCUGGUUGAGAAUUCAAAUUCCGAGAAUGCCACUCCCUCACGACCUAGCUUGUCGGGCACGGCCAAGACUACAGGUAAGAGUCGAGGCCAGUCCUUUUCAUGCCAUUCAAAGUGGCUGCUGCGGUCUCCCUGGCGCUCUAUCAUCGACGUAUACUGACCCUUGUUUAGAAGGCUUCAACUGGUCAGAGGCUCUUCGUGAUAGGUCUAGACGCUCUCCCUCUUUCUCUUCCGGCAAUCCAUUUGCCCAAGGGGCCACUCGACCGCGUUCAGCAAGCAUCUCUAAUCCUGAGCCGCCCAAGGAAUUCCCGAAGGCUGUCGAACCCCCUGCACCCACCAGAAUGAAAAAGCCAGACCAUUUGGGUGAAAGAAUGCUUCGUGGUGAUUUUAUGAUGGAUUAGGGUCAGGAAACCAACCUUCCUACUGAUUCAAGGAGUCAUUCCCUGGAGAGGGUCAAGUGUUUGAGGAGCUUCCUUACGGGAAAAUGUUUGGGCGGCUGGUUCUGUGCCUGGGCUACGCUUCACUUGUAAAACACCCCAAAAAGAGCUACGUAUGCUUUACGUUACAGCAAUUCAAGGUUGAAACAUGAGAAUGAAACUGAGAGAUGAAGUUUACGAACAUUGUUAUAUUAAAAGAAAUGGCAAUUGACCGUCUUGAAUGCGCAAGUAAGCAGCAUUUUCAAAGUUACAAGUUUAAAAGUCAUCGCUGUUGCCAUAAUCCCUCUCUUCUGUUUGGUCGCUAUCAUGGAUGAAGUUGUUGUUCGACGAAUAUGGUGAACGCGCUAUUAACGUACUUCGAAUGAAUGUAGAUAGCGUUGAGGUCUUUCGCUCGAGAUUGGAAGCGAAAGUGAUGUGCUUGUGAAGAAGUACUGAGACGGAGUCUCAACAAUUGCAUAACAAUUCCUUGC